CUGCGCAGUUCUGAUGUUAGCAGCUCUGAGCAGGAAGAAGUUGUUACACGUGAAAACACCGCAGCGGACGCUGCAAAUAUCUCAGUCACAAGUUCAGCCAAGAUCUUCUUGACUGCUGUCCAUCUCUCCUGGGAAGACUGUCAGCGGAGUACAGGAGUGCGGGAGAGAAGUGUGUUUCUAAGUGCCAUUAUGCCAUGGCAUCUCUGGGCGCCUCCUUUGUGCAAAUCAAAUUCGAUGACAUCCUCUUCUACGAGAACUGCGGCGGCGGGAGUUUCGGGAGCGUGUAUCGCGCCCGCUGGCUCUCGCAGGACAAAGAGGUGGCAGUGAAAAAGCUUCUGAAGAUUGAAAAAGAGGCAGAGAUUUUAAGUGUUCUCAGUCAUCGAAACAUCAUCCAGUUUUAUGGAGCGGUUCUGGAAGCACCUAACUAUGGGAUCGUUACAGAGUACGCCAGCGGUGGAUCUCUGUUCGACUAUCUGUCCAGCGCUGAGAGUGAAGACAUCAGUAUGAAGCAGAUUAUGACCUGGGCAAUGGACAUCGCUAGAGGCAUGCAUUAUCUGCACGCCGAGGCCCCGUUAACAGUCAUUCACAGAGACCUCAAGUCCCGAAAUGUUGUGUUGACAGCAGAUUCAGUACUCAAGAUCUGUGAUUUCGGGGCGUCUAAGUUUCAGUCUCACACCACCCACAUGUCUCUGGUGGGCACGUUUCCCUGGAUGGCCCCUGAAGUCAUCCAGAGCCUCCCAGUGUCUGAGACCUGCGACACAUACUCGUACGGAGUGGUCCUGUGGGAGAUGCUGACUCGUGAAGUUCCCUUCAAAGGUCUGGAGGGGCUGCAGGUGGCCUGGCUGGUGGUGGAGAAGAGCGAGAGGCUGACGAUUCCCAGUAGCUGCCCGGCCAGUUUCGCCUGUCUGAUGAGAAGCUGCUGGCUGACAGAACCGAAAGACAGGCCGCUGUUCAAACACAUCUUGUCCACGCUGGAGUCCAUGUGGAGCGACAGUCACUUAACUGAGGAGUGCAACACUUUCCUGCACAAUAAAGCAGAGUGGAGGUGUGAGAUCGAGGCGACUCUAGAGCGUCUGAAGCGGCUGGAGAGAGAUCUGAGCACCAAAGAGCAAGAGCUGAAAGAAAGAGAGAGACGGCUAAAGAUGUGGGAGAGAAAGCUCAUCGAGCAGUCCAACACACCGGUGAGUCUCUGUCUGUCUCUUACUGCAGCUCACGGAGGACUUGACUCAUCGCUCUAA